AUGACGAAGGCCUACAGGACUGUCUCUCUCAACUCGGCCCUACUGCUUGCCGGAGUGCUCCCCCUUGACAUCAGAGUGCGGGAAACCGCACUCCUAUAUGAGGUCAAGAGGGGGCACUCUAGCGAGGUAGUGGGUGACCGGGAGGUGGAGGCUCCUGUGGCCUUCGUCAGCUUGGACCACCCGGCGGAGCGGAUGGGCGGGAGCUUCAAAUGCCUGGCGGAUGGGGCGGAACUGGCUCGACACGUCGGUGAGGGUCUCAGUAUCUUCACCGACGGAAGCAAGAUCGAUGGGAAAGUCGGAGCGGCGCUGUCCAUAUGGAACGGUGCUGCCGAGACGAGUACCAGAAAAUUGCGGCUCGAGCCAUACUGCUCCGUCUAUCAGGCGGAACUUCUCGCCCUCCGCAAAGCCGUGGAGGAGGCGCUCCGUAGCGGGCUUCCUGCGUGCGGCAUCUUCAGCGACGCAAGGUCCGCUCUCGACGUCGUCACCAGAGGUGAUUCCCUCCACCCCAUAGCGUUUGAAAUUAAAAAUUUAUUAAAAGAAGCCUGGAAACGCACCCAGAAAAUUGAACUUUUCUGGGUGAAGGCACAUGUGGAGUUGGAGGGAAACGAGAGGGCGGACGUACUCGCUAAGAAGGCCGCACAACACCUGAAGACCCGUGCGCAUUACGACAAAUGUCCGGUUUCGUUCGUCAAGCGACAGAUCCGAAAGGACUCGAUUGACGAAUGGAGCCGGAGAUACGCGGACGGAGAGACGGCUUCGGUGACGAAGCUGUUCUUUCCGGACGCGGUCGAGGCGCACAGGGUCGUAAGGCGGAUCGCCCUGGACGCCACACUGACGCAGGUGUUCACGGGGCACGGCGGGUUCUCCGAGUACUUGCAUCGGUUCAAGUGCAAGGAGAGCCCGGCGUGCCAAUGUGACCCUGACGUUCAGGAAACGGUCCCACAUCUCCUGCUCGAGUGUCCCAUCCACGCAGUGGAAAGAUAUGAGCUUGAGACUGCAACAGAUAUAAGUUUAAAAAUAGAUAAUAUAAAUAGGAUAAUUAAGGAUAGACAUAAAAUAGAUAGGUUUUUAAGUUACUGUAAGGAAAUAGUACGUAAGAUAAAUAAUAGAAAUAAGUAG